AUGACGUCUAGAAACCAUGGUUCCAACUCCAUACAAAAAGAGGACCCGAAAAAACGAGACUUGUUGGACAUGAAAACGCUUUUCGUCCGUUCAAUUCCGUUCGACGCUUCAGACGAAGAGUUGGCGACGUUUUUCGCUGACUUGGCUCCGAUCAAACAUGCUGUCAUUGUUAAGGACAGUGAGAAGAAGUCUAGGGGAUUUGGGUUCGUGAGUUUUGCAGUAGAAGAUGAUACCAAAGAAGCGUUAGAAAAGGCGAGAAAAACCAAGUUCAAGGGCAGACUGCUUCGAGUGGAUGUGGCCAAAAGAAGAGAUCGAGCUGGCAAUAACAGACCAGAGGCCGAUGAAAAUGCGCGCAGUCCUGAGGCCAGGGAGCAGGAGUUGUUAGGAGGCAAACCAAAGCUCAUCAUCAGAAAUAUGCCUUGGAGUGUGCGUAAUCCAGAUCAACUCAAAAAGAUUUUUGCGAGGUUUGGAACUGUCGUGGAAGCCAAGAUUCCGAAAAAACCCGAUGGGAAGUUGUGCGGAUUUGCGUUCGUGACCAUGAAGAAACUGAUGGCAUGUAAAAAGGCCAUCGAGGAAUCCAAAGAUCUGAAAAUCGACGGGAGACAGGUCGCAGUUGAUUUCGCGGUACAGAAAAGCAAAUGGGAGCAACACAGUCAAACAGCGUCUGUGAUACCAAGCUCGAAACAGGACAGCUCCUCUAGUGAAGACGAAAGCGAAGAUGAGGAGGACGAGAAGCUUCAAGUGGAUGGCGAGGCUUCUGAAGAAAGCGAGAGCGAUGCCGCGAGUGAUGAAAACGACGACAGCGAUGGAAGUGACGCUGAGAGUGCUGCCAACCUCGGAGAAGAGGAAGAGGAAGAGGAAGAGGAAGAGGAAGAGGAAGAGCGUCCUAAGCAAAACAAACAGGAACAAUGGUCCAUUUUUGUCCGUAAUGUUCCCUACGAUGCUACACAAGAGUCCUUGGAAGAACACUUCAGUAAAUUCGGUCCCGUCAAGUAUGCCCUUCCAGUGAUAGACAAGGAAACCGGACUCUCUAAAGGUUCUGCUUUCGUUGCUUUCAGGCAACACGACACCUUUGAUGAUUGUGUCAAAAAUGCACCAGCUUCUGGAACAACCUCUCUACUAAUUAGUGACGAUGUUCCUUACAAAUACGUUUACGAGGGUAGAAUCUUAUCCGUUACGCCAUCCCUAGAUAGAGAAUCUGCCGGAAGAAAUGCCGAUCACAAUGCGUCGCUGCGUAAAGAAACCUUUGGCAAAGCUCCCACUGCCAAAGACAAACGUAAUCUGUACCUGCUGAACGAAGGUAGGAUAACAGAAGGCUCGAAGCUUGCAGAACUACUCAGUGCCAAGGAUAUGGAAAUAAGAGACGCUUCUUAUAAGCUAAGAGUGGAACAGCUAAAAAAGAAUCCGAGCUUGCAUCUUUCUCUGACAAGAUUGGCUGUCAGAAAUCUUCCAAGGGCCAUGACCGACAAAGCCUUAAAAGCCCUUGCGCGUAAGGCCAUUGUUGAGUUUGCGACAGAGGUCAAUUUGAAGAAGAGGCACCCUCUGAGCAAGGAAGAGAUCCAAAGGUCCACGAAGGAAAAGUAUAAAUUCAUGAGUGACGAAGAGAUCGCAGCGCGCAAAAAGAAGGAUAAGAAGCAAGGUGUCGUGAGACAAGCAAAAGUAAUCAUGGAAGUCAAAGGCUCCUCGAGCGGAAGAAGUCGUGGUUAUGGUUUCGUUGAGUUUAGAGAUCACAAGGCCGCCCUUAUGGGGCUAAGAUGGUUGAACGCCCACGAAGUCAAAAGACCAGAACUUCUUGAAGGCCUUAGUGAAGAAGAGAAGAAGGCCGUGGACGUAGAGGGGCUUUCACGUCGCCGUUUGUGUGUCGAAUUUGCGAUUGAAAACGCCAAUGUGAUCAAAAGAAGACAAGAGGCUCAAAAAGGUGGUAAAGAGUCCGCUAAAAGAAAGCGCGAGCAGCCUGCAGCCGACGAAGCUGAAGAAAAGAAUGCAUCUCAUAAGAGAUCGAAGAAGAAUGAUGACAAGAAGUCUCAAAAGACACCCGAAGGCCAAUCUGGUAAGUCAGGCGUCGAUGAGAAUAUCAAGAGAUUGAUUGGCUUCAAACGUAAGAGGAAACAAGGCAGAAAAUGA